CAGCCGCUUUUAAAGUGGUAAUGCAUUAAGAACAGCUGCUUGGACUCAAAUGAACACCCAGCGGCUUAGAAGCCCCUCAUUAGCUGAGUUGCCUGCUGUAGGUCGCCAUGAACACAUCGACCACCAUCGCCAUCGGAUUGUUAAUAUUCAUCCCACUGAUCCUGAUGCAGCAGGACCCUCAAACGGCCAAGUGGUUGGCUCAAAUCGCACUGGAGCUUCAGGAGCAGCCGGACAAGUUGGCCUAUUGCCGUUCCCUUCAGCAGCAGAAUCUGCGAAUCUCGCUCCAAGGCACUGGAUGUGCCCCCAUUCUGAGCAACCAGCUCGGCGUGACAGGUGAAAUGCUACUCGAGACUCAGAAGCGUUGCUGGGCCGGAUGGGGGCUCUUGGCAGGGCGGUGUCGCAAGUUGGCCUAGUCUUUAAGGUGUGCAAGAGGUGAUUGGAUUUCCAAAAGCUUGAAGCUAACUGAAAUAAAGAACACAAUGGCAGGCGGCAUAUGUAUAUGCGAGAUUUUUGAGUUGAUCUCGGGUUUCCCGUGCCAUAAAACUCAAGCAUCCAUCAUCUAUUCGUGUUAACCCUAAUCAAGGAAUGGUUCGU